AAUGACAUAUUACAUGUUACUUCCAUUAAUAUUUGUUUUAUCUAUCAACACUAACUAAAUUAGUCUUUAAAUCUACAUGUGCUUUAAAUCUACAGGAUGAAGAAGAUGGCGUUCUUUCCCGAAAGGAGGACAGUUCAGAAGAGGCCCAUCAGGGCAUUUAAGACAGGACCCCUCCGCUGAGGCAAUGACGAUAAAAAACAACCCCUCCCUGCAAGACAAAUAUGCACCUCAACGGGAGGAGUUUGUCUGCAGCUGAACCACGUAAAAGGGGAAGGAGCUGCUGUUCCUAUCUGGAUCCCCAUCAGAGGAACCUCUCAGCAGGAGGGCUUCCACUUUCACCAGGCUCGGUUGGUGAGGGGCAACAACGUCUCUACCGAGCUGUUCAAGGCCCAGGGGAUGACCGGAGUGGUUCACUGGAACUUUCAGAGGCUGGUGGACCUGAAGCUGCCUGACGUGGUCCUACCGGGAGUGUUUGACCCUGUUUUAAUUGCAGAGCUCAACAUGGCAUCUACGAAGGUGACUGGGCAGGCCAAAUAUCCAGCGCUUCACGUGUCAGCCAGAGACAUGGGCGAGAGGUUUGGGCUCCUUCUGAAGGGAACGUCUCUCAGGAGAUGGACGUAGCACGUGUCCUGGUAUCUCUCAGUGCUGAGACCUGUGCCUUCCCACCAUCAGAGGAGCUGGUGGAGCCCUCACAGUGGUUUGCCACUCCAAAAAAAAAAUACACAUCUUCUGAGAGACAAACAGCUCUUCUACAGAUCUGCUGAGCACUUCCUCACUGCCCCUGACAGCCUCUCCCCGUGCUGCACGCACAGGACCCAUUAAGACUGGUGGACGUAUCUUCGUACUGGACCGGUGGGCGCAACUCAUGAGAGAUGCCAUUGAUGGACUUCUAGCAAAGCACCAUGGGAAGAAAGACAUGCUGAAGCAGGUGGAUGCUGACUAUGCUGCCCUUGUGCACAGAUCUUGCAAAGACCCCAAUAGUCUCCUUCAUCCAACCACAAGGCAGCAUAUCUCUCGGUAUGUGAAACACCUUGCCAAGCUAAUGAACACCAGCUCCUCCUUGAACACCAGCCCAGAGAAGCUGUUGGAGACUCAGCAGCUUUGGCAGCGUCUGACAGAAGGCAGUGAGACAGUCAGUGUACCAGUCACAGCCUUGAAACCUGCUCCUGUAAAUCCACCAGUGGUGAGUACUUCCCAGGAUGCUCCUCUGACCCAGGCUACACUUGUGAUGAUGGUGAAGGAGAUUGUGGAGAGGCAGCUAACAGCUCAGCAAUUGCACCAACAACAACAGCUAAAGAAAACCAGGAAUUGUCUCAGUUGUGGGCAGCCAAAAUCUCGUUACCUUGGUGACGGUUCCUCAGUCCAUUUUUUUUAUCAGUCAGCAGAGGUGAAGUACUUUUACUGCUCCAAAAAAGUCUUCAUGACCUAUGCAGCUGAAGGACUCACCAAUCCCAGAAUGUGCUUUUGAGGAUUUUUUCGGGAGCUCGACGCCUCAAAACAGAGAGGGGCAGAAUAAAAGAGGGUAACAGAAGAGAGGAAAAAGAGGAAAUCUGUAGAGCUUCAUCCUGCUGGUCGCCUGUGCAGGUCCUGUCAUCUGCCUCUCAAACAAGGCCCCAACAACCCUCACAUCCACGCCUAUUUCCCUGGAGUCCCAGGAAAGUACAUUUACUGUCCCACCAAGGUUUUGUACAUGUACCAGUCCCAGGGCAUGAUGGGAGAGAUGACUUGGACUGAAUUCCAGAAGUCUGCAUUUUAUGAGACUGAAAAGCAGAGAUGGAUGGUGGAGAAACGGGCGUAGAACUGAGACUCACUGACUCAUUCAGUCACUCACUCACUCACAAAGACAAAACUGAUGUUUUCAAUUACUCUCACACUCAUACUGUCAGUUGGCUGUCAAAUGUUCUGUUGUCUAUUUAUAUUAUAUAUUCAAGUAUAUAUUUGAUAGUACUUUAAUGUUUUUUUUACU